CAAAGAAAAAGUCCAUUCGAAAACUAACUGACCGAAUGAUACGUCUGAUUUUGACACUUUUCAUCAAUCCCUUCAUUUUUUAGCAAAACAUUCAGUUGUUCUGCGAGAAAACGGCCGGCCCUUUCCUGUUCGACUGUAUCUUCUAUUUUUGUUUUAUUGUACUGACAAAGACAAUACUCUGCUGGAAUUGGAAGUGUCCGGCAGUUUCUUGGUCCACGCCAUUCUCGAAGCAAUGAGGAGCCUUUACUCAAAGGUUCCAUGUUUUUAUAUGACGUGUUUGUGAAGUUACUGGAUGGUUGCAGCUUCAGAAUAUCCAUGAAUGUGGCGUGUAAGUCAAAAGGAGUCACUAGUUCUCUCGACUUCUUCAUCAAUUGUUUGUGUAUUGAAGUAUUGCGGUAGCGCUUCGGAAGCGAAACGAUCAAGAAAGGAUUGCUCUUCUCGUAUCUGCCCAGUGGCACUAUAUCCAUUGCUUUGUCCCGAGGUCCAUGGUCCGCAAAGAAAAAUAGAAAAGCGUCGUUCAAGUAUUCAGUGUUCCGUUUAAAAAAGUCCAAGAACUGGUUAUCAGUAUGGUAGAUAGUUUUCAUGGUAUCGUGAGCCAAAUACACGGGCCAAACAUGGCAUAUUUUUGGUACGCCUUGACGCUUAUAACUAGAGAUAAGGUUGGUUUUUGAGUAAUAGCGGCCUGAGGCGAACGAUGAAGUUAGAAGCCGACCGAAAUAUGGAGAUCAGACCCUCCCUGAGAAUUAUCUUACCCUUGUAGCCGCUUUGCCGAUACUCUUCCAAUUCAUAUGAAUACUUAUCCAGAUAUUCAAUGCAUAUUUCUGUUUCAUUCCAGUCUGGUAUAAGAGGAGGUAGCCCGAAAAAUGCGCGACUUCCACCUUCUAUUGACUUACCGAAAAACAAUGGAAAGGCGUUUGGUUUGCUGUUAUGGGCCACUUUAUUGUAAAAUUCCAUUUGAACAGCUUGAAGCUCAGUUUUCAAAUAAGCAAGUGUUUCUGGCAGAGCACGUUUUGACAUGGCUGAUGAUACAGAAUCGAGAAUCAAAAUAUAG